AAACUGUUAGGGGAUAGUUUCCGUCAGGGACGAACGAGGCGUGUGAUUCUUCUGGAUAGAUCAAGAGAGCUGCUUGAGGGUUUAGCUUGCUGGAAGCGAAAACGAGAGAGAGAGCGAGCGGAACCCGCGCGAAGGCUUUGUGUGAUGUUCACUCGAAGCGUGAGAUGGACGGAAGAAGUCUGGGAGUUGGGUCUCGUUUCAGAAUCGGAAGCUAGGAUUGGUUUCUUUCUUUCGAGAGGGAAAGAAUAGCAGCUGGUUUUGUCAUGGCUUGUAAAAAGUUCGCAACUCCUACGGCCCAUGGGAGGAAGAAUGUUUUGGAUGAUUUUCCCAAUGGGAAUGCAGUGGAUAAAGUAGAAGUUGUUCCACAGGACAAGGAACUGCCACUACUAGAAUCCAGAUGUUUCUUGGCUAGUUUUGCAAAAAGAUUACGAAAUUGGCAAAUUGGUGAUCGGGAAUGGGCAUUACUAAGAAGAACAGGAGCUCCAUUUGGAAGUCUAAUUAAAGACAUUAUCGAGCUUGAUAUGAAUAUGGAAAUAGUGGAUGCUUUGUUGGGCUUUUGGGAUGAGGAGCAUUGUGGCUUUUUUAUUGGAGGGGUCAUAAUUCCUUUCACAGUGGAUGAUAUUGCUCUGAUUACUGGUCUUCCUAACCGAGGUCAAAAAGUAGUAAGGCAAACUUUAGCUUCGAAUUGUUGUUCCGAAUUUAGAAGGAUAUAUUUGACCAUAAGAAAUAUAGAGAGAAGUCUGGAUAAUAUACUCAGAAACAGAAACGAUCCAAAUCCUGAGACAGACAAACAAUUUGUUCAGCAAAUGAUUCUUUACCUAUGGGGUUCUGUGUUAUUCCCUUCUAGUUGUCGCAUUGUGCCUAGAUAUAUGGCUUAUUAUGUAAAAAAUCUGGAUUAUAUUGGAAGUUUUAAUUGGGCUGAAGCACUUCAUUCAUUCCUUGUAAAAGAGAUCAAUGCAAAGUCCAAGUCUGUGAAGGAACGAAAUGAGGGGAAGGACGUUGUAGCUGGAUACAUGAAUGGUCUAUGCUUCGUAAUCAAUGUAUGGUUUUUUGAGCAUGUUGAUUUUGGUGAGGAUUCAAAGCCUUCUAAUCCAGAUGUAAAACCAAGGAUGCUAAAAUGGGCAAAAGGAUGCAAAUUCUGGAAGAGAAAACCUUUUCUCCAAAGGUUUGGAGACAUAAUGGUGGACAAGGUUUGCCAUCGGCUUCUCCCUAAAAAUGAUGAGUUUGAACUUAUAUCCCUGAAUAGUUUGGAGCAGAUGUCAACUCAGAUUGGAGCUUCUGAUGAUGUAGUGAAAGGUGAUCCAUCUUUGGUUGGAAACCCGGAAGUGGUGGGCUUUGACUUCAGAGCUGGAUAUGGGGGAAUGGAGCGGAGAGAUGGGGAGGUUGAGAGGGAAACAUUGGAAACAAAAGUGGAAAGAGGCUACUCUUUUGAGAUAUCAAGCCUUACACAAGUUGUUCUUAAACAAAUUGCACGAAUUUCUUUUUUGGAGAGGAAGAUUGUAAAUCUAGAAACACUAGCUGUAUCAAAGGGAUGGGAAAUAGAGGGAAUGAAUGAUAUAAUAUAUGAGAAGGCUUAUGAAAAAGUUGGCUAUGACCUUCCUGGAACUCAUCAGGAGUCAUGCAUUGAAGGAGACAAAGGCCAUAAAGUGGAAGCGAUUGGCCAUCCAAAGCUCAGUAGCAUUGCAAGGAAUGAAAAGAAAAGAUGUAUACAAGAUGGGAAAAGAAAGAUGUUGAAAUCAGCCAUUGCAAAGGAGCAUUUCAUGCUCAAGAAGAGAAGGGACACUGAUAUAGAGAAAGCUUCCCUUCUGAGCGUGGAUAGUUCUGCAAUAUUUGAGAGGAAGGACACUGAUAAGCUAGUCAAUCUUGAUGACUACGCAGAUCCUACUGAGCAGGAAAAGGAGGCUAAAGUUGCUCCUCUAAAUUAUGUUGGCCGUGCACUUUUGACAGAGAAUGUUAGAAAAUAUCUUGAUGCGUUUUGCAUGAAACCUAUGCAAAGAGAUGACAUAGUGUUCUUUGAUUGGAACAUUUGUAUUCAAAGGCAUUCGAUGGUGGAGUACCUCCAAGGUGGAUACAUCAGUGAAGAGAUUAUAGAUGCAUAUGCCCUUAUAUUAUAUAAAGGGGUUAAGAAGUCUGGGAAUAAUUCUGCCAGUUUUUUGUAUGUGCCACCAAUGUUUUUGGGACUUUAUCGCAACAAGCUUGGUAGCUAUAAGACGUUUAUGAAUGCCGUUGACAAGAAAUCUCUGGAGAAAGUGUUUUUUUUAUUUUUGCCAUGUCAUAUAUCAACUGCCAACCAUUGGUUACUCCUUGUUUGCGAUACGAAAAGAAGGAAAUGGAUUGGUUAUGACUCAUUGUAUGACGCAAGACACAGGGAGGUGGCUAAAGAUCAGAUUAUGAUUUUAACCGAGUAUCUAUAUCAAGAUCAUGGGUGGGAUAUUAGAUCUUGGAAUCUUGAAUACAGGAGGAGUUAUCCUCAGCAAGAACCUGGCACACUUGACUGUGGCAUCUUUGUGAUGAAGUUUAUUGAAAGUAUCAUACGUGUUCCUAUGGAAAUUAAUUUCAGAGGCACUGAUAUGCAGUUAUUCAGACCUCAAAUUGCUUACAACAUUCUUAGUCACUGUUAAAAAGCCAAUCCAUGCAGCACUUUGCAAAGUAAUCUGAAUAGCAGCAGGCUAGAAGAAAAUGCUCCUGGUUGCUGACAUGAAGCGGAAAGAUCAAGAUCAAUAAGUAUAACAAACUGAGCUCUCAUUGCCCUAACAUCACGCCUCUGCAGCAACAAACAUCUCUUUCUGGUGGUUCUAUCCUACAUCUCCAUUGUGGCUUUGUUCUAACUCAACCGACCAGCGGCAUUCCAACAGCCAGUCAGCCUUCGCGCAGCCGUAAGGAUCUUCUAACAACAUUGGCUUCUUACCUACUUCACCAAUUCGUUCCCAGCAGCAGUCUUCACACAGGAACAGCAGGAGUCUCGAUUUGACUACAUUUUCCUGUUCAACAACACCAAGAACAGCAGCUGUUUGUCUUUCUUAAUCUGCAACACUGACAUCAUCUGCAAACAGCAGUAUUUAUCAGUCACAGCCGGCAUUCUACCUUCAGCACAACUUUCAGAUCAACUGCAACUGUGGUCUUCAAGAAAACCUGCAAUCAACAAAGCAUUUUGCCCUCAGAGCAGCGGCAGUUUUUUAGAAUCUGCGCACUAACACUUACCAACAGUUUUUCAAGAUCUGCCAUUUAUAUAUUCCUUAUGUUAAUACCCGCUAUUUUGAAGAAUUCUCCACGCAGAUCUGAGAAGAACAGCAAGAAUAGAAGCUUUGACAAUUUGCACCUAAGUAAACAGCACCUUGGGACAUCCACGCUAUUAUCAGAAAACAAUUCAAGCAGUUCCUCCGCUAGCAUAAAUUGAUCGUUUCAGCCAAAUGCCGCCAUCCAACAGUUGCAUUUUUCAUUUAAAUUUUUUUAAUAUUACAUAAGGUCCUAGUUUUUGUUAUAAAGAACCACAUCCUUUAUUCCCUUUCAGCAGCCACCAAAGACCUGUCUACAUGAAAAAUGCAAAUUUGGCAUAAGCUCACGGAAUAAUACAAACCAAUCAAGCAUUACAAUUCUUCAAAAUUAAAAAAUCUCGACAAGUAAAUGUUCAAUUUGCUUCCAUUGGCUCAUCACUUCAACAAUUUCAUGCUUUCAUGCAUUCUAUUGACAAGAAACUUAAUAGUUUGUGCAUUGACCAUUCCCGUCCUCCACUCCAAAGGAUCCUUCCUUUUCGACGGCAUCCUUAGUUUUGCAGAUCAAAUUCCUUUUCCGUUGUUGUCACCAUCUCCUACAGUUUUUCUUUUCUUAAAUCAAUGAAAAUUGAACUUCCUCGCUUUAAUUGAUCAACAUCGAAACAUGGACCUUUAAAGCGCAUGAAUACUUGAUUUUCACAGCACUCCUGAUUAUCAUUGUUUUAGCAUAGCUUUCUUUCAUCUUGAAAAACCUACGGUUACUUGGUACCAAGGGUUACAUAUGAAAGCUCUUUCUACUUCUUUUCCAUCUCUUAAUCUUGAGAACAAGGGUAUUUUUUUGGCAAUGGGAGUAUUAAACAACAAUAUAUUCUUUUGGAUUAAAAAAUAGUACAAAAAUAAUGUCAAUAAUGGAUGAAUAAUUCAUAUAAUUGGCAUAAAGAUAAUAAAAUAUUUAAAGUUUGUCAUAGAAGAAAGAAACAAUUUUUUUAUAGAUUGAGAACACUACAACAAUCAGCUGGCUACAAUUAGGGUUCAAUUUAUUUCAACAUUAAACCCAUACCAAAUGCUAUUUUAGUUAUAUUUUAUUUGCAUUGAAUCAGUUUGUCUGACCUUUUAAUAAACUAAAAACAGGUUUAUGUAAGCACUAUAGAUAAUUCGUAAAUGCUAUAAUUGAAUUCAUAAAAUAAGUUUUUUGAUUUAUACAUACAAGGAUGCUUUAUAUUAAAGAAUUUGCUCGCUUAAUUUUUAAAACCACAAUAAUUAUAUCCUAUGUUGAUUAUAAGCGACAAUAUAAAACAGAAAGAGCGGUAAGACAAGCUUAGGCUAAAUCAAAUGCAUAGGAGUUAAGAUCAUAAAACAGUCAGUUUAAUCUAAUGUUGCAUACAUUAUUGGGUUUCCACAAUAAAUCCCAAUGUUAAUAAUAAGACUAGUCCCUAAGUGAGGAUCCCUCACUAAACUCUCUAACUUACUAAGCUUUAGCGGAAAGAUUGGCACAAGUCUUUAUGAUUUAAUUAUAUCCACAAUUGAAAAGCGACUAGGAAAGUAAAAUAAUCGGAGGAUGAGUUUAACCAAAGAAGAAGAGGAUGCGAAGCUUGGGUGUAGUAGUUUAGGGCCUUGAGAAGGUGUGGACAGCAGCACACAACUUUUAUCAGCAUUAGGACAGCAAUCAUGAGGAGCUCUGGAGGGUAGACAGCAAACUCCCUUGGGCAGGAUUCUUCGGACAGCUAGUUUCAGCUGCUGGACAACAACUUCAACAGCAGGGACAACAAAAAUAAUAUGGGCUUAAGGCUAAUCCUUGAUGUAAUCCAACUGAAAUAGGAAAAUACUUGGUCAAACCACCUUGUGUUUGAACACAAGUUAUAGCUCAUGCAUUCAUAUCUUUA